AAACAGAAAUCAGCUUGAAAAGAACCGGUUUACAUUAUCGCUAAUCGAACUGUAAGUGCAGUAAAAGAUAAUUACAAUAAAACUCACUGCAAUCGCAGAUAAUUCUUAUUGUGUUUGUAGCUAGUACUUUAAAAUUACUAUAAAUUGCCGGCAAAUAAACGAUUAUUCCAGUCUUAUUCUAUUUCACAAAGCGUUAAGAGGUAUGUUGUUUUAAAAAAUGAACAGCAAAUUGUUUUUAUUAUUGUGUGUGCUGCUCGCAUUACAGUUCACAGCAUUUGCAUAUCCCUCGGAAAGUGUCGGCGAUAUUAAAGCAAUCGCAGAUAAUAAACCGCCAAAAGAAAAAAGAAUAAUACCGCCGAACCACUUACCAAAAUAUGAGGACGAAGAUGAAGAUGAAUCUGGUGUCUACAGCGCUCAAUUGUCGUCAUCGGAAAUUGAUUUGCCCUGCACAAAUGAAACCAUAAGAGUACAAUUUAUAAGCAGCAGUAUUCCGUUUCCAGAGCGCUUUUUCCAUUUACCAAAGAGAUGUUCCGAAGAGGUGCAGUGAAUAGUAUAAUAAAUAAUGAAGCGACGAAUAGUGGUGAUAAAAUAAGAAAUUAAAAAAAAAUUUGUGUGUUUUGAAAAUUUUGUACCUUUAUAUCGGAAUAUACGCUAUAAUUUAUAUAAGAUACGA